AUGGGGAAGCCAGAGAUGCCGAUCGAGGAGCGGCUGUCCACGCCCACUGGUCUGUACGCCGACCCUCGGUUCCAUUUGUUCGUCGACAAAGUCAGUCGCUCUUCGUCGUUCGAGCUUCUGUGUAAAUGCGGCGAGCAGAGAGAGGACCGGACGUGCCCGUUUUGCUCUGAUGGCGCCUGGACGAAAGCGCCUCUCGCUGACCCAGAAGGCGACGAGCUGGAGGAACUCGCGCGGUCGUUUCGUUGGCUCCAACUCACCAACGGCUCUCCGUCACUUGUUAAGAAACGAGGCCAGGCACGGCCAGAAGAGGAGGCAGCGCCGGGGGCUUCGUUCCCUGGAGUGAGCGGCGCUUCGCGAGAACCCCUCGCUCCGGGUGUCUGUACAUUUAAACCGAGUGGCGGAGCGGGAGAGGGCGGCUCCUCUUCCUCCGGGUGUUUUCCUCUCUUGAGGAAAUGCGAGACGUCUGCGAGAAAGGAGGGUGAGGGUUCCCCCCCACGGCCGGCAUUCGCUGCGAGGCGCGCGCCAAACGAGGACGCUCAGCAGUUCGAGGUGGAAGCCGCGGUGUCCGGUGCGCCGGCUGCGCAUACCGUAUCCAACAGAUCCGCCUCUUCGUUCGUGCAAAGAAAGAAGCAAGCGGUGCCGAAGGCCGUUUGUGCGUUAGAAACACAGCAAACCGCCGAAGGAGAGCGCCGACACGCAGGGGGUGCGCCCUCGCGCAAGGCACAUGCCCCGGGACGCGCUUCCACAGAAACGCGGGGGACGUGGUCAGAGACCGCCAUUAUUCCUACAACUGUGCGGUGA